CCCACUUCGCGAUCGCAUCUCGAGCUCCGCUCUCGCUCCGCGCCGCUAAGACAUGGGCUCCGUAGGAGCUCGCCCCGCGCUGGCGGCCGCCCUGCUCUGCCUGGCCCGCCUGGCUCUCGGCUCUCUGUGCCCCGCCGUCUGCCAGUGUCCGGCCGCCGCGCCGCAGUGCGCCCCGGGCGUGGGGCUGGUGCCGGACGGCUGCGGCUGCUGCAAGGUCUGCGCCAAGCAGCUGAACGAGGACUGCAGCCGGACGCAGCCCUGCGACCACACCAAGGGGCUGGAGUGCAACUUCGGCGCCAGCCCCGCAGCCACCAAGGGCAUCUGCAGAGCACAGUCUGAGGGGAGACCGUGCGAAUACAACUCCAAAAUCUACCAGAACGGCGAAAGCUUCCAGCCCAACUGCAAGCACCAGUGUACGUGCAUAGAUGGAGCUGUGGGCUGCAUCCCGCUCUGCCCACAGGAGCUCUCCCUCCCCAACCUGGGCUGCCCCAGCCCCAGGCUGGUCAAAGUGCCUGGGCAGUGCUGCGAGGAGUGGGUCUGUGAUGAGAGCAAGGAUGCGCUGGAGGAGCUGGAGGGCUUCUUCAGCAAGGAGUUUGGUCUGGACGCUUCCGAGGGCGAACUGACCAGGAACAACGAGCUGAUUGCCAUUGUGAAGGGAGGCCUGAAGAUGCUACCUGUUUUUGGAUCCGAGCCACAAAGCCGAGCUUUUGAGAAUCCUAAAUGCAUUGUGCAAACAACUUCCUGGUCCCAGUGCUCAAAGACAUGUGGGACCGGCAUCUCCACCAGAGUCACCAACGACAAUCCUGACUGCAAGCUCAUCAAGGAGACCAGGAUAUGUGAAGUGAGGCCGUGUGGCCAGCCCAGCUACGCCUCCCUAAAGAAAGGAAAAAAAUGUACCAAGACUAAGAAGUCCCCAUCCCCUGUAAGGUUUACUUAUGCUGGAUGCUCCAGUGUGAAGAAGUACCGCCCCAAGUACUGUGGGUCUUGUGUGGAUGGCAGGUGCUGUACUCCCCAGCAGACCAGGACUGUCAAGAUCCGGUUCCGCUGUGAUGAUGGAGAAACCUUCACCAAGAGUGUCAUGAUGAUCCAGUCCUGCCGCUGCAACUACAACUGUCCGCAUGCAAAUGAAGCUUAUCCCUUCUACAGACUGGUCAAUGACAUCCACAAAUUUAGGGACUAAGUGGUAUUUGGGGUGGGAUGUUAAGCAGAAUUCUGAAGUAACCAGCCAUGGAGAAAGGACCUCUGAUGGAAAUGGUGCCUUGCCCAUUUGAGGGCAAUAUGAGAUAUUACAAGAGUGCACUGUGCAAAUGGACACUAAUGCAACAGAGAUUUAAGCAUAGUUAAAGCUUCAUAGUACUGGAGCAACUUUACUGCUUCUUUUUGGAGCACCUUUAUCUUAUACUGUUUUCUGUUUGUAAGUGAUCUGAUGUUUUAUUCCGGUUAUGAAAACUUUUCCUUUCCUGUUCAGUUUAACACUAUGCUUUUCCCCUCCAUCUUCUCCCCUACUUUCCCAACCAAGUUGGAAGUUACAUUCCUUCCUGAGGUGGGCACUUGUGGGGUGUUCACAGUGGCAGCUAUUAUGUACCAACUGUAGUUUAAUGGCAAACAGAAAUCAGUUGUUUUAAAGCUGAGUAUUUUAUUUAUCAAACUGUAGCUCUUUUGUUUUCUUUUUUUUUUUUUUUAACCCCUUUGAACCCCUGUAAUACUGGAAUAAGUUGUAAAUGAUUUUAAUUUUAUAUUCAAUGAAUUAAAAGAAUUUAUUUAUGGAAUUAAUCAUUUAAUAAAGAAAUAUUUACCUUACUAUUCUUAGUAAAGCAUCCUGAAAGGCAACAGACUUCAGCUCCUUUCCAGGACCACUUUGAGUAGUCUGGAAACCAAAACAGGCUCCACCCCAGGUACAGCAAUGAAUGAGUAAGCUGAGUCUUUGGGUAAACCGUAUUUUGAAGUGGUAUAUGCAAUCUGUCACCCUGUGCACUAGAAAGUGUAUACAGAGAAAGCUUCCUGGCACUGAAAGCAAACGUUUGGAAGAGAGACUGAAAUGUUAAUUAGUCUGUCAGAUUAUUCAAACUGUCCUGGAAUUUGCAACAUAAGGCACUUCAUUAGAAUGCAGUGUGUGCACAGUGAUGUUGAGCACUGGGGUGGAAGCGGUGGGCAGGUCUCACAUUUUUGGUGGCUGCUUUCUGCAAAUUAAUGGAGUUCUGUGGAAGAAGAAUGUUUCCUACAGUCUGCAGGAGGCAGUUGGCUUUCACUAAAUUCAAAUUAAAUGAGCUUGAAGCAAUGACUUUUGUUAAUCCUAAUAACCCAGUGAUGAAAAGUAAACAUACUGUUAACAGGAGAAGAAUGUGAGGAAUUUCAAGUACUUUUCCAAUAGAGUAAAAGGCAAAGCAGCCAAUCUUCUCCCUUCUCUGUCUCCCCUCCCCACUUAUUUAAUAUGUAACUACACUUCAGGGAUGUGGAUGACAUUUAGUGAACCAAGGGAGUCCUAAGAUAGCUAGCUGGUGUGAAUUAAGAAAGUGACAUUUAAAAAUAAUCUAUAGCAGGAACUGAGAAAGCUGCGUGAACCAUUUCUGCUAUGCUGGCUAGCAUAAAGCUGUACUACAGAUAAGACUGAAAGGAAACCUGCAGCACCAUUUUUUCCUCCUCAUCACCAGUCUUUUGGCAUAAGCCCUUCCUGUGGCCUUUACUAUGGAAAGCACUUCUCCUAUAAAGAAGCGACUGAUGGUGUGGUUUUAGAAUUGUGAAGCAUUGCCAUCCACUGCUGUGCAGUUAGAUGUGUAAGUGGUUAAGAGUUCACUUCUCAUUUGAUUAGGCAUAAAUACUUCAAUAAAAUAAAUGGCCAAAUAUCUCGCUGGCAGUUAAUGCUUUGCGUGAAAAAAUUACAGCUGUCUCUCUUCUGAUCAGUCAAGUUUUCUCCCUGGAGGCAUUCACAGCUUCAGCUGUUUUGGAAUUUACCACCUGGCCACCAGUCUUAGCUGCACCUAAACCUGUCUGUACAAUACUUGUUGACAGCAAGAGUGUAAAACACAGUGAAGUGCUUUUGUUUUUUUUUGGUAACAUCUGGCACUGAACGCUUCCUUACAUCACUUUUCGCUGGGAAAUCACAUUUACUCACGGGGCUACUGCAUGGAUAGAAGAAUGUGCUGUGCACAGACACAGUGCUGCCUGCCCAGCCUGGGCCACCUCCACCUACAGGUACACCCGUGUAACACCUAUCUUCAAAAUGACCUAAUGCAGAUCUCCUACAAAUCACACAUAGCUAUAACUACACUAUGCUACACGCACAGGCUGUUUGCCUAAACACACACAGCGUAUACAUGCACACAUGGCCCCUCCUACUCCCAUCUGGUAUGUGGUUAUAGGUGCAGGCCUGAGGUUUUGCAGCCUAUGUGCUGGGCUUUCCAUGUCCCAUUGGGCAGAGAGGUGCGUCUGUCAUCUCUGCUCAAAGAAGAGUUCUGGUGGGAGAGUAAGGGCUGCAUGAGCAGGACAUGCAGAUUUUGUAGUAACAUGUACUAAAUAAAAUUACCCUGUUAUAAAGAGAGGAAAAUGAACUAUGAAUCUUCCAGAGCUGUUUCACACCGGCAGCUCAUCAACGACGUUCUCUUUUCAUUUGUUGUAUUUCAGUUACUUGGCAAAACGACAACCCCACAACUCCCAGUACGGUGUAAGGAGUCAGCAUCACCCUUUGUGUAACACCUCCACACGUGCUUUGAAACGUCCCUGCUGCUCCAACACUGGAUACUGCUGUGAAAAUAUCUGGGAUAAAAAGAGGAGUUCGUUCAGGUGUAAGCAGGAGGGCUUACAGGUAGGAUAAAUGAGCACAUAUAUGAUUUCACAUCUUGGUCAAAAUCUAAAACAUCCACAUCCUUCCUUCAUGAUGAAUACUAACAGAUCUGCAAACAAGGCACGAGGAACUUGACCAACAAAUGGAAGCUGUAAGCAUUCAGUAAACGCUGCUUAUCACGGCUGCUCCAGCCAGCAGCCCCCAGCCAGCAGCCCCGCGGAGGGAGGACAGGGUCACCCGAGGAUGGAGCGUGGCACGGCGCUUUGCUGGGGCUGCUGCUGCCGCCAGAAGGAACUCCUGUCGAACUGCAGCGUUAGGACUGCCGGAGGCCUCUUCUAUCCAAUGCAGUCACUUAUAAGGGGCUGAUGGUGGUUCCCGCUGUACUAUCGGGGUUACAUGUAAUAUAUACAUAUGCUCCCUACUGACGAAGGCAACACAGUGAAGACUAACUUCAUGCUUCCUGCAGUGCUGCAUCAUGGGAAGCACAUGAAAGGCAGGAGCCAGCAGAAAGCAGAGCUCCCUCACUACAUUACGCCCUCUCCAGCAGGACUCUGCUAGCACUCUCAUGAAUGAGCAGGGAGGCUGAUGAGGUGCAGAUGGGAGGAAAAGCCAACAUCUCUCUGGCACGGACAGCCAGCCACUAGUUAACCUGUGCUGAGCCUGCCACAAGAAUUGCUAUAAGCUCCAUAUAAGCUAUUAUGGUGCUCCAGCAAAGCCACACCUACCAGGAUGCUCCAGGCAGCAGACCCACCUCCUGCUGCUGGGGGGAGCCUCGGUGAGCUCGUGGCACUGCUUACCUGUGGUGCCCACAGUGAGGCACAGCUGUGCACUGGUCCCAGCAAUCUGCCUCCAGACUGUGUUUCACACAGACAUGUCCCUGUUUUCAUCUUCACCAUUUUUUCCUCGGUGUUAAAUACCCUCAUAGAAAACAGCACAUAGAAAUACAGGGGAGGGCGUGGAGAAAACAGCAAUACAGUUCAUUCAGGAAAUACCUAUAAAUGCAUUUCAGCUCGAACGAACGACUGUGCUACAUUGUAGUGUGGUGAGAUUCAGUAUAUGGAAAAUAGAAAUCCAGAAAUCCAGUCAACAAAUUUAUACAAUAAACAUCAAUGUGUACUGUCCCGUGAAGACCAAACCCCAAGAAACCAAAUAGAUAGUAUCCAGUAUGCAAUGACUCUUUUUUUCCCUAGAAAAACGACAGAGCUACAAAUUCUACAUACGCAGUUUAUGUUGCACCGUUCACAGAAGCAACCUCAUCUGUCCUGAAGUACAACCACUUACCAGAUGGAACAUAGCAAUCAUCCAGAACAGAAACAUCACACGAGCUCUUGCAAGGCUUUCAUUCAUUGGAUGGAAUACUUUUGUAGGCAGGGUGCACAGAUCUGUGCAAAUGGGAACUGAGCUAGGAUAGAGACACCAACAACUUACCAUCAUGGUGAAAGCAGCCACAGUUUUAGUAACCGGAAUGAAGAGACCCCGUUAUAAAUGUCAGUCAAACAGUCAAGAGUGUGGUUCACCAUUUUGAGAGCACUGUUCCCACAUUUGAUCAAAUGGAGACCAGUGUGACAGCAG